AUGAAUCCACACCAACAGAACAAAGUCGAUACUGCCUCCUUAUCCCCUGAAGAGCAACGCCUAUUGCGUCUCUACGGAAAGAUGCCCACCAAGAAGGAUCUGUUGCAGAACAAACUGAAGGAGCGGAAGUACUUCGAUUCAGGUGACUACGCCCUGAGCAAGGCCGGCAAAGCCUCUGAUGUGGGUGUCACCAAUAUUGGUUCUCAGCACCCCGUCCCCGAAAACAUCCCUCAUUUGACGGCUACCUCUCCUGGGGCGAAUAACCCAGCAGCUGCCAGCAAUGGUGGCAGUACCAACUCUCAAGGACAGCAGAUUCCUGGCAGCAUCAGUGGGCACCCGGGCUCUAUUGGUUUUCAAAGCCGCAGUCCCGUGAAAGAAGGCAGCUAUCUACAACGCGGAACUAGCGCAGAUGAGUCUGAGGGUAACACCGCUGCACUUAAAGAUGCAAAGGAACCCAGCGUGAGUCCGCCCCCUGCUCGCAGCGGCGUUCCAAUCCGGCGAUAA